CGGGCCCUGCGCGUUGGCACCAUGAGCGUGGAGGCGUACGGGCCCAGCUCGCAGACGCUCACUUUCCUGGACACCGAGGAGGCUGAGCUUCUCGGCGCCGACACACAAGGCUCCGAGUUCGAGUUCACAGACUUCACCCUCCCCAGCCAGACGCAGACGCCUCCCGGAGGCCCCGGCGGCCCCGGGGCCCCACGGGGGGGGGGGGGGGGUGGCGCUGGUGGAAGUGGAGAUGCUGUUGGAGGACCUGAGGGCAUCCUGCAGAAUGGGGCUGUGGAUGACAGUGUGGCCAAGACCAGCCAGUUGCUGGCCGAGUUGAACUUCGAAGAAGAUGAAGAAGAUACCUAUUACACAAAGGACCUACCAGUACAUGCCUGCAGUUACUGUGGAAUACAUGAUCCUGCUUGCGUGGUUUACUGUAAUACCAGCAAGAAGUGGUUCUGUAACGGACGUGGAAAUACUUCUGGCAGCCACAUUGUAAAUCACCUUGUGAGGGCAAAAUGCAAAGAGGUGACUCUGCACAAGGAUGGGCCCCUUGGUGAGACAGUCCUGGAGUGUUACAACUGUGGCUGCCGCAACGUCUUCCUGCUUGGCUUCAUCCCUGCCAAGGCUGACUCAGUGGUGGUGCUGUUGUGCAGGCAGCCCUGUGCCAGUCAGAGCAGCCUCAAGGACAUCAACUGGGACAGCUCGCAGUGGCAGCCCCUGAUCCAAGAUCGCUGCUUCCUCUCCUGGCUGGUCAAGAUCCCUUCAGAGCAGGAGCAGCUUCGGGCCCGGCAGAUUACAGCCCAGCAGAUCAACAAGUUGGAGGAGCUUUGGAAGGAGAAUCCUUCUGCCACCUUGGAGGACCUAGAGAAGCCCGGAGUGGAUGAGGAGCCGCAGCAUGUCCUCCUGCGGUAUGAGGAUGCCUACCAGUACCAGAACAUAUUUGGGCCUCUGGUCAAGCUGGAGGCUGACUAUGACAAGAAACUGAAAGAGUCACAGACUCAAGAUAACAUCACGGUCAGGUGGGACCUGGGCCUUAACAAGAAGAGAAUCGCCUACUUCACUUUACCCAAGACUGACUCUGACAUGCGGCUCAUGCAAGGGGAUGAGAUAUGCCUGCGGUACAAAGGGGACCUGGCGCCCCUGUGGAAAGGGAUCGGCCACGUCAUCAAGGUCCCUGAUAAUUAUGGCGAUGAGAUUGCCAUUGAGCUGCGGAGCAGUGUGGGUGCACCUGUGGAGGUGACACAUAACUUCCAGGUGGAUUUCGUGUGGAAAUCCACCUCAUUUGACAGGAUGCAGAGUGCGCUGAAAACGUUUGCUGUCGAUGAAACCUCUGUGUCAGGCUAUAUCUACCAUAAACUGCUCGGCCACGAGGUGGAGGACGUCAUCAUCAAGUGCCAGCUGCCCAAGCGCUUCACUGCACAGGGGCUGCCCGACCUCAACCACUCUCAGGUUUAUGCUGUGAAGACUGUGCUGCAAAGACCGCUGAGCCUGAUCCAGGGACCACCAGGAACAGGGAAGACAGUGACCUCUGCCACCAUUGUCUACCACCUGGCACGGCAGGGCAAUGGGCCUGUGCUCGUCUGUGCUCCAAGUAACAUAGCUGUGGAUCAGCUGACUGAGAAGAUCCACCAGACGGGGCUGAAAGUUGUGCGGCUCUGCGCUAAGAGCCGCGAGGCCAUUGACUCCCCGGUGUCCUUCCUGGCCCUGCACAACCAGAUCAGGAACAUGGAUAGCAUGCCAGAGCUGCAGAAGCUGCAGCAGCUAAAGGACGAGACUGGGGAGCUGUCAUCUGCCGAUGAGAAGCGGUACCGAGCCCUGAAGCGCACAGCUGAAAGGGAGCUGCUCAUGAACGCGGACGUCAUCUGCUGCACAUGUGUGGGUGCAGGAGACCCCAGGCUUGCCAAGAUGCAGUUCCGCUCCAUUCUUAUCGACGAGAGCACCCAGGCCACGGAGCCAGAGUGCAUGGUCCCUGUGGUCCUUGGAGCCAAGCAGCUGAUCCUUGUGGGUGACCACUGCCAGCUGGGCCCCGUGGUGAUGUGCAAGAAGGCAGCCAAGGCCGGGCUGUCUCAGUCACUGUUCGAGCGCCUGGUGGUGCUCGGCAUUCGUCCAAUCCGCCUGCAAGUCCAGUAUCGGAUGCACCCUGCACUCAGUGCCUUCCCAUCCAACAUCUUCUAUGAGGGCUCUCUGCAGAACGGCGUCACUGCAGCGGAUCGAGUGAAGAAGGGGUUUGACUUCCAGUGGCCCCAACCUGAUAAGCCGAUGUUCUUCUAUGUGACCCAGGGCCAGGAGGAGAUCGCCAGUUCGGGUACCUCCUACCUGAACAGGACGGAGGCUGCAAAUGUUGAGAAGAUCACCACGAAGCUGCUGAAGGCAGGUGCCAAGCCGGACCAGAUUGGCAUCAUCACACCCUAUGAGGGCCAGCGCUCCUACCUGGUGCAGUACAUGCAGUUCAGCGGCUCCCUGCACACCAAGCUGUACCAGGAGGUGGAGAUUGCCAGUGUGGAUGCAUUCCAGGGGCGUGAGAAGGACUUCAUCAUCCUUUCCUGUGUGCGAGCCAACGAGCACCAAGGCAUCGGGUUUUUAAAUGACCCUAGGCGGCUUAACGUGGCCCUGACCCGAGCAAGAUAUGGAGUCAUCAUUGUGGGCAACCCUAAGGCCCUGUCCAAGCAGCCCCUGUGGAACCACCUGCUGAAUUACUACAAGGAGCAGAAGGUGCUGGUGGAGGGGCCUCUGAAUAACCUGCGGGAGAGCCUCAUGCAGUUCAGCAAGCCCCGGAAGCUGGUCAACACCAUCAACCCUGGAGCCCGCUUCAUGACCACAGCCAUGUAUGAUGCCCGGGAGGCCAUCAUCCCAGGAUCGGUCUAUGAUCGGAGCAGCCAGGGCCGGCCCUCGAACAUGUACUUCCAGACCCACGACCAGCUCGGUAUGAUCAGUGCUGGCCCCAGCCAUGUGGCCGCCAUGAACAUUCCCAUCCCCUUCAACCUGGUCAUGCCACCCAUGCCACCACCAGGCUAUUUUGGACAGGCUAAUGGGCCAGCUGCAGGCCGAGGCACCCCAAAAGGCAAGACGGGUCGUGGUGGACGCCAGAAGAACCGCUUUGGCCUUCCUGGGCCCAGCCAGACAAACCUGCCCAGCAGCCAGGCCAGCCAGGAUGUGGCAUCACAGCCCUUCUCUCAGGGGGCCCUGACACAGGGCUACAUCUCCAUGAGCCAGCCCUCCCAGAUGAGCCAGCCUGGUCUCUCCCAGCCUGAGUUGUCCCAGGACAGUUACCUUGGUGAUGAAUUUAAGUCCCAGAUUGAUGUGGCGCUAUCGCAAGAUUCUACGUACCAAGGGGAGCGGGCGUACCAGCAUGGUGGAGUGACGGGACUGUCUCAGUACUAGAAGGUGGCAGCGGAAGAGCUAAGCUUUGUGGCUUAGUCCAUCAGCAUCUUACUCUGGGUAAUAAAAAA